UGUCACUGAUGGACGCACUUGGGAAGCCAGGGCGGGGCCGGACCGGGGUAGCUGGGCUUGCUGGCGCGUGGGGUCCUUGAGGCCCGGAAGGCGGGCGACGGGCGGUACCCGGCCUCAUGGCCUCCUCUCCGCCGCCGCCCACAGCUCCAUGGUGAUCCGGGACCUGACCCUGCGCAGCGCUGCCAGCUUUGGUUCUUUCCACCUCAUCCGGCUGCUCUACGACGAGUACAUGUACUACCUGAUCGAGCACCGCGUGGCCCAGGCCAAGGGCGAGACCCCAAUCGCCGUCAUGGGCGAGUUCGCCAACCUGACCACCUCGCUGAACCCCCUUGACCCAGACAAAGACGAGGAGGAGGAAGAGGAGGAGGAGAGCGAGGACGAGCUGCCGCAGGACAUAUCGCUGGCGGCCGGCGGCGAGUCGCCCGCGCUGGGGCCUGACGCCCUGGAGCCGCCGGCCAAGUUGGCACGCACAGACGCGCGUGGCCUCUUCGUGCAGGCGCUGCCCUCCAGCUAAGCCCGCAGCCUUCCCCGCCCCGC